CCGAUAUAUCGCCGGGAAAAAUAAGACUAGAUAUUGAUAUUUAGUUUGUGUAAAAACAACUAUUGAUAUUAAUGUAUUUCAAAUAUAUUUGAGUGUUCCUAUUUCUGAUAAAAUAAGGAUUCUAAAAACAAUAAAUAAAAGUGAACUGUGUAAAACCAAAAGCAAAAACAAAACAAAUCGAAAAUCACCGCUUCCACGUACUCAUCAGCUGUCUUUGUCUUUUAUGCCGUCUCCUUUCCACGCGUCGCGGCGCCCUCAAGUGUUUUGGUUUUCACAGUUGAAAUCGUACUAUAGCUAUUAAAUAAACACCACCAUCAAGUGAAAGCAAACCAAUGUUCAAUGAAAUGCUAUUUUAAAAACUAUGUAAAUCUAUCGUUCUUUUAAUCGAAAAUCUAUUAAACUAUAUUUUCCGUGAAAUUAACGCGUGUAAUCGAAAAACGUACGAGUAUUUAAUCAACAUCGAAGGCGAAUGUCGAAAAGUGUUCCGAGGCCAAUGUUUCUGCUGCUGGCAACUCAUCGUUUAAAUUAAAUACACAAUCUGCAGCGAGUUCACCGAGCAGGCGGAUAAAGGACGGCCCACUCAAACUCAACUCGACGCGACUAAACCGGACUGGAAACCGAACCCAAACCCAAACUCAAACCCAGAAGCCAGCCAAACCAAUUCGACGCCAACGCCAAUUUUAACUACUGUUGGUGGCGCCAGCAGCGAAUAGCGAAUAAUUGAAUCAUAAAGGACACGGACGGGCCACCGAAAGGAUCCCGAAUUCAGGAUCAACAAAGCCGAGCAAAUAAUUGCUGUAUAGUGUGCACGGAACGUGGUCCAAGUUCUCCCAAUUCCCCUUCCAUUCCCACCCAUUCAGACCGCCCAAUUCCGGCGGAGAAGGGGGCGUGGCACAUUGCAAAGAAGGCGGCUGCAGGGAAAUGACAGGCGUCCUGCUUUAAUUAAAGCCGGGGCGUGGGCGUGGGCGUGAGGCCCGAAAGUGUGCGCUGCAAUAAAACGGAGGAAAUUGAAACGCAAUGUGGCUGAUGCCGCGGACCGUGGACAACGCAACAAAGUGGACGAAAUUGCUUUUGGAACAGCACGGGAACAUAGUAGUAGUAGUUGUAGAAGCAGCAGGAGAAGCAGCAUUAGCUGGACAGGACAUUAAUUUUGAUUAAAUUCACCUGAACAUUCGCAUUCAAACAACAAAACCAACCAACUAGCCAACCAACAACCGACCGAGUGAAAUAUUAGCCCUAAAAACACAGCACAUUUUAAGCGAAUAUUUCAAGCAGCCCAGCCGCCUGGUGUGCAUGAGAUUCCUUGGAGUUGGCAAACAGGAGCAGCAGCAGGAGGCAUCUUGUGGAAGUCGUCGGUUUUGCGUGCCGCAGGCAUUGCAACAGCCACACAUGAACACGUCCCUGUGACAGGAGGAGGUGCGAAGGUGGAGAAGGGAGGCGAAGUCGGGACCCCAGCAAAACAGCAUAAUUUCGUCAACUGCAGACGGGCGAACUGUCGGCGGCAGAGCAUAACCCACCAUAUUCCCUAGGAUCCAACCCAACCCAAAACCCACAUCAUCAUCAUCAUCAGCGGCAGCAGCAGCAGAAAAGGCAACGGCAACGGCAAAGGCGUCGCUGUCACAGUCAGCAACUGUUGUCAGCAAGGAAAAGUAUCAAAAUCAAAAUCAGGCACGGGAACUGAAACAGGAACAGGAAUCGCAAUCCCAAUCCCACUUAAAACCCAUUUCCCAGGACCGCCCCGAUGAAUCUGCUGUGCUGCUGUUGUUGCAGUAACAUGGCACCAAACCAGCGCGUCACACGCAAAUGGGAACUGUUUGCCGGACGCAAUAAAUUCUACUGCGAUGGAUUGCUAAUGUCCGCACCGCACACAGGCGUCUUCUACUUGACGUGCAUCCUGAUUACCGGCACCAGUGCGCUCUUCUUUGCCUUCGACUGUCCCUUUCUGGCGGACAGCAUCAAUCCGGCCAUUCCGAUUGUGGGAGCGGUCCUUUACUUCUUCACGAUGAGCUCCUUGCUGCGCACAACCUUCACGGAUCCGGGCGUCAUACCGCGAGCCUCCAACGAUGAGGCCGCCUAUAUUGAAAAGCAAAUUGAGGUGCCAAACUCGCUGAACAGCCCCACAUAUCGACCGCCGCCGAGGACCAAGGAGGUCCUGGUCAAGGGCCAGACGGUCAAGCUGAAAUACUGCUUCACCUGCAAGAUCUUCCGGCCGCCGAGGGCAUCGCAUUGCAGCCUGUGCGACAACUGCGUGGACCGCUUCGAUCACCACUGUCCCUGGGUGGGAAACUGCGUGGGCAAGCGGAAUUAUCGGUUCUUUUAUUUGUUUCUAGUCUCAUUGGCAUUUUUAGCUGUAUUUAUAUUCUCGUGCUCUGUGACGCAUUUAGUUUUAUUGAUGAAAACCGAGCUGGAGGUCUUCAAAGUAAUCAAGAGGGCGCCCUUCACUGUGAUUGUUGUGUUCAUUUGCUUCUUCUCGAUAUGGUCGGUGAUCGGCCUGGCCGGCUUCCAUACCUAUCUGACGACGAGCGAUCAGACAACCAACGAGGAUCUCAAGGGAUCCUUCUCCUCCAAAGGCGGUCCGCGCACCCAAAAUCCCUAUUCGCGGGGGAACAUCUGCCUGAAUUGUUGCCACAUCCUAUGCGGACCCAUGACGCCCUCGCUGAUCGAUAGACGCGGCAUCGCCACCGACGAGUUCAUCCAGCAGAUGCAGCACCAAUCGAGUCCGCGGCACGCACUCAGCGAUGUGCUGAGUGCCUCGCACAUGGUCACCACCUCGCAGCCCAUGAUGGGCGGCGGGGGUAGUGGGAUCGGUGGUGCCGGCGGCGGGAUCAGCAUCGGUGGGGCGGAGCUGAAGCCCCGCUUCUAUGACGAGUCCAAUCCCUCCUCCUCGACACUGGAGGGCAACGGAGGUGCCAUCAAUGGCCACGGGAAUGGCCAUGGGAACGGCUUCGACCAUCCGCCGCCCAGCUACGACCUGGUCCAAAACGGUAAGUCCCGCAAGCAGCACCAGCAGCGCUGCUCCCUGCAAACCCUGCUGCCCGCCAGUGCCCAGCAGCAAUUCAAGGCCAGCAAGCAUAAGCACAAGCAGCUGAAGCAGCAUCUGGUGGCCGCCGAGUUGCAGCAACACGAGGGUGUGGGUGUGAGUUCGGGUGCGGGUCCCAACUCCCCCUCGCUCCUGCGCUCGCCGGCCACGUCCUCCUCCUACCGGUUGAACCUCAAGCGAUCGCUGCACCUGCCGCUGACACCGUCGUACGACGAUGUCCGCCACUCGCCGCUCCCGCUGCUGCAUCACCACGUCCACGCCCAGCAGACCACCGCCAUUGGCAGCGUGGCAGCAGCGGCGGCGGCGGUGGCCUCCGGCGCCAGCGGAGGAACUGGUACUGGCACUGGUACCGGAACGGGUACGGGUACGGGUGGUUCCUCCUCCUCUGCCACCACCACCGCACCCACUUCGGUGUCCGUGUCCCUGGCCACGGCUCCACCGCCGCUGGCGCCACGACGACCGUCGACGCUGCAGCUGCAGGCCAGCGCAGGAAUCUCCGCCAGCAACAGCACCCUGACCACCAUACACACCACGGCGCCACAGCCGCCGGCGCCCACGGACUACAAGUACUACUCGCCACAACGUAGCACCGACUCCAAUCUGAUGAGGAACUAUCCAUUUCCGAAGGCGGCGCGUGGGAUGCGUCGGCAAUCGACGAUGUCGGUGGACUCGCAGAAGGUUAACAUCGCCGGCUAUCAGCCGCUGCCCAUGAGGAAGCCGUACAAGCACCAGGAGGUGAUGUUCGAACUGAAGUCGCCCACGAACCGGCUGACCAUCCGCGAAUGUGACUUUGGCGGUGGCGGUGAACCCUGCGACGACGAUCAGUCGAUCAAGGACAGCCAGAUCUUUCGUGUUAGUAAACGAAAUCUUUAUAUGAAUCACCGGUCGCCGUGGAAGGAGCGCGACCGCUACUCCAAUCUCUACGAGUACUCGUUCAACAUCGAUCUCAACUCGAUCAUCGAGGAUGCGGCGGGCAGUGACUCGUCAUAGUACGCAGCAGCAGUCCGCUGCUCCGACGCCCACUUGUUGUCCCGAUCCGUUGUCCGGCUCAGUGGGCCGUUCUGCCCCCUAGUCAUCCUCCUCGAUCGGUUGUUGGGCGCUGUACAUACGGCCGGGCCCUGGCCAGCCCGAUUCCUAAUGCUUCCACGCUUUUGCUAAGGUGGCCAAUUCGGGUCCAGUUUUCGGAAUUCGCCCGACUUUUCCCUAACAUUUUGGACUCGUGGCAGCUAUCCGAUUUUGGUUUAAUUAAAACUUCAUUUAGGAUCUAAUGUAAGGGCUUAUCUAGGCUUUAAACACUUUUUUUGAGUAGUUUGCAUUGUACAUAUUUAAAUCAAGGCUGCAAACUAUAUUUUAACCGAGCAGCUUCGGAAGGGUUCGGCUUUUUGUAUAUUUUGACUGUAAUCAUUUAAAAAUACAACAUCUAAAUUAGUAACAUUAAUACCAUUCGAAAAAUUUGGUUCAGAAAAUAGGAGAUUUUUUCUACACAAAAAUUUAAACACUUUUAUUGAAAAAGUACAACUAGCAGCAUC